AAUUUCGGCAAAUAUAUAAGCGUGAAUUCGCUUCGAAAAUGAUUGUCAUUGCAUACAUCACACAAUUGGACGUUUCUCUUUGAAAAUCGCGUCGUCUCGCUUUUCUUCGCAAGCAAAACUUCAAAAGCUUCGCGAUGGCGCGCCUUGCUCUCCUACUGACCGUGCUGGCGGCUCUGUGUUACACAAGCCAGGCCAUCCCGGUGCCGACGGAAGAUGUGCAGGAAAGUACGCAAGCUGAACUGCCUGAAUUGCCCAAACACAUCAUCGACAAACUGAGAGAGGAAUAUGAGCGUAUCCAGGAAAAAUUGACAAAUGAAAUAGAAAAAUGGGAAAAACAGCUUCACGACGAGAAAGAGAUUGCCGAGAGCACGUUCAUUCAAGUUAGAGAAAACGCCGAGAAAUCGUUACAAGAGAACAAACUAACCGACGAGGAUUUUAUGGAGAAACUCGAGGCAAAGAAACAAGGAAUCGAGGAAAAAUUCCAGGAGAAGAUAAAGAAUAUUAUUGAGAAGCUUAAGAAGCUCGCCGAGAAGUUUCCUACGCUCGAUGAAAUCAAGGAAAAGCUAAAGGAGAUUUUGGAAAAGUGGCGGCCGAAUGGCGGCGAAGAAACCGUUGGAACUUACGGAAAGAUUGGAGACAUGGUGAACAAAGGCAGAGGCAUUUCGGACAAUGUCCAAAAGAAAUUGCGGGAGGAUGCGGAUGCCAUUGGAAAAAAGGUGAAAGAUUUUACGAAAGAUACUCAAAAACUUGGCGACGAUUUGAAAAGCAGGCUGGAAAAAGAAAUGAGAGAUCUGAAAGAAAAUCUCAAAGGAUUGGGGGGUAAUGUGAAAGAUAAGCUGGAAGAGAGAAUAAAAAAGAUAACGGAAGGAUUUGACAAAGUGAGGAAGAGCGUAACCGGCUAUGUCGAGAGCAUGGUUGAGAAGGCGAAGGAAGGUUUUGGCAAAUUACAGGAGCAAUUGAAAGAGCAAAUGAAAAAUCUUGCCGAUACCAUAAAGAAUCAAGUCGGCGAGUUGAAGAAACGGUUGGAUCAACUGAAGGAGAUCGUAGGCGACACCGUGGAACAGUUUGUUCAAGCGGUAAGGAAGGAGUUGGGCAAGGUAGAGGAGCAGCUGAAAAAAUUAAAAAACAAAAUGGAAGAGUCUGCCAAGAAUAUGGAGAACGACGUUAAGAAAUUGAAAGAUGCGUUGAAGGAAAAUGCUGCAAAAAUACAGAAGGAGAUCGAAGAAUAUCUAGAGGGAAUGAAGAAUGAUAUGAAGGAUGAAGGCGCCAAAUUGAAAAAGAAAUUCCAAGACACGAUAGAAGAUAUCAGCAAGAGAAUGGACCAAGUGGUCGACCAAGUGAAAGAGAAAGCGCGGGAGGUGUCGAAUGAAGUGAAAAACAACUUGAGCAAACUUGCCGAAGAGUUGGAGAACAUGAAGAAAGAAUUGCAGAAGAACGUAAACGGUAGUAUGGAGGAAAUUAAGAAAAAGAUGGGCGAAACAAUGGGCAAGUUGAAAGAGGAAUUGGAAGAAUUUCACAAACAGAUGGAAAACCUUCGGGAGCAACUGACGGGUAAAAUCGAUGAGAUGAAGGAGAAAUUGAAUAAAGCGAAGGAAACGAUGAAGGAGGAACUAAAGAGAGAAAAAGAGAACAUGAAGGACUCGCUUAAAAAGAUUAAAGACGAUCUCAAGUACGCUAAAGGGUCUUCCCUUACGGAGUCGACAUCGUUUAGAAUAGGGAGUAGCGUAAAGAAUUUAGUGGACUCGAUAGUGAAACUUCUCAAGGGCAUAUUGAAUGGCGUCGCAGAAGGACUACAUCCCAAGGAUUCCUCAAAUCAGCCCGAGAGCAGAAAGGAAAAAGAAGACUGAACGACGCAAACGGACGACGCGAAAAUGACGAGCGAGAUUGAGAGGGAGAGGGAACAAGCUUUAUAUUAUACUUUGGUUAUAUUCAAAAUUUAUGUGUUUGGCAGACGGUAGAAACUUUAGUGUCGUAACUUGUCUUCAAUCGUUUCUUUGUAUUUUAUGCCCAGGAAAUUUAAAUUUCUUCUAUGGGUCGCGGGCUUCAUUUUAAUUAAUUUAAUUAACAUUAUCUCUCUCUUUCUCAAACUUGUUUUAAUAAUUACGUAACGCUUAUCGCGAUCACAAUUGUGUUGAAAUUUAUGGA